AUGCCUUUCUCAAAGCGGUCAAUUCAGUCCCUGGUGUCUUCUCGUUCAAUUCGGCUGCCCUUUCUUAUCUCCUUAGGCCUGAUGGCCAAAUUCUGCCCAAGAGUCCAGAUGUCCUGGUUAGCGAGAGUGGUUACGACCGGUGCCCAUGAUUAUUGGAGAUCAGGAAGAGAAGGGACGAUUUCCGCGUUAUUCCAAUGCAACCUAUCCAGCACGGACGAAAUGGCUGGCUACCUGAGUGAUGUCUUCUUCUCCGGGGCUACCGUCGAUCAGUUGACCUCGUUGGUCGACAAAAAUAAUCCCCUUUCGCACGGCAUCUCCAACGAUUGGUAUCCCGGGCUCAAGCGCCUGACCGCUAUUCUGGGCGACAUGGUCUUCACAUUGGCCCGGCGCAUGAGCAGCCAGAACAGUAUCUUGAAAGACGACUUUAGAGACGAUAGUGCGAGAUGGAUUUCGGACAACCUCAACACGUUGCGUGCCCAGCUGCAACGACCCGCCGAAUCGCCCGCGAUAUUUGGCUGCUACCCGCCUCUGCGUAACCUCGGGGGGGCCCAAUGGGAUCAUCGCGCCGCAAUGGCUGAUCGGAAGGCCGCCGCUAUGACUGAGGGCAAGGCGAAUAUGAAGGACGAGGGCGCCAGGACGGCCAAGGACAAGGACGACAUCAUGGCCGCCGGCAACAACCAGCACAAGAGCCCCAAGAAAAGGCGCAAGGUCAAUCACGGUAUGUUGCUUUCUAUAUAUCACAUCUGCUGCUUUACCGCCCGUCAAUUCGGUUAG